AGGUCUGCCGCAGCCCAGGCGAGGGACAGCGGAGCAGCUGAGGGUAUCUCCCCGAAAUCAUGUCGGUCCGGGAGCCCGCCGUCCCCUAAAUGGCGCUAGUCACCGUGCAGAGGUCCCCCACCCCCAGCAACACCUCGAGCCCCUGCGUGUCGGAGGCUGACAGCGGUGAAGAGGAGCGGCGCUCCCAGCCCAGGAGUUUCAGCGAGAGCUUCCUGACGGUGAAAGGCGCCGCCCUCUUCCUGCCGAGAGGAAAUGGCUCCCCAGCGUCCUCCACCCCCCGGGCCAGCCAGCGGCGCAACAAGCACGCAGGUGACCUCCAGCAGCACCUGCAGACCAUGUUCACCCUGCUGAGACCGGAGGACAACAUCAGACUGGCAGUGCGCUUGGAGAGCGCCUACCCCCAGUGCACGAGGUACAUGGUGGUCGUGUCCACGAACGGCCGACAGGACACGGAGGAGAGCAUCGUGCUAGGGAUGGACUUCAGCUCUCGGGACAGCACCUGCACCGUCGGCCUGGUCCUGCCGCUGUGGAGCGACACCCUCAUCCACCUGGACGGAGAUGGGGGCUUCAGCGUGUCCACGGUGAACAGGGUCCAUGUGUUCAAGCCGGUGUCGGUGCAGGCCAUGUGGUCGGCUCUGCAGUCGCUGCACAAGGCGUGCGAGGUGGCGCGGUGCCACAAUUACUACCCCGGCAGCCUGUUCCUCACCUGGGUCAGCUACUACCAGAGCCGCAUCUCCUCUGACCAGAUGUGCGUCAACGAGUGGAACGCCAUGAGGGACGUGCAGUCGCACCGCGCCGACUCGCCCGUGCUGUUCACUGACGUCCCCACGGAGAGGGAGCGCACGGAGCGGCUGAUCAAGACCCGGCUGCGCGAGAUCAUGAUGCAGAAGGACCUGGAGAACGUCACUUCCAAAGAGAUCCGCACCGAGCUGGAGAUGCAGAUGGUCUGCAACCUGCGGGAGUUCAAGGAGUUCAUCGACAACGAGAUGAUCGUCAUCCUGGGCCAGAUGGACAGCCCCACCGAGAUCUUCGACCACGUCUUCCUGGGCUCCGAGUGGAACGCGUCCAACCUGGAGGAGCUGCAGAACAGUGGGGUGCGCUACAUCCUGAAUGUGACGCGCGAGAUUGACAACUUCUUCCCAGGGAUGUUUGAGUACCACAACAUCCGCGUGUACGACGAGGAGGCCACCGACCUGCUGGCCUACUGGAACGACACGUACAAAUUCAUCUCCAAAGCCAAGAAGGCGGGGGCCAAGUGCCUGGUGCACUGCAAGAUGGGGGUGAGCCGCUCGGCCUCCACGGUCAUCGCCUACGCCAUGAAGGAGUACGGCUGGGACCUGGAGAGAGCCUUCGACUACGUGAAGGAGCGCCGCGCCGUCACCAAGCCCAACCCCUCCUUCAUGCGCCAGCUGGAGGAGUACCAGGGCAUCCUGCUCGCCAGCAAGCAGAGGCACAACAAGCUGUGGCGAUCGCACUCGGACAGCGACCUCUCGGAGCACCACGAGCCCCUGUGCAAGCCGCAGCUCAGCCUGGGUCCCAGGGACACCCGCAGGAGCAGCAGCAGCAGCAACAACAACAACAGCACCCCGCAGUCGCUGGAGCACUUCCUGGGCAUGGCGGUGCUGCAGGCCCUCACUGGCUCCCCCGCUGAGACCGAGGCUGAGGCUGGCAGAGACGAGCUCUCCCCCUCUGGCGAGGCGCCCGCCACUGCCUACCAAGACCAGCCCACCUCCAACGGCCUGUGUGAUCUCUCUCCGGCUGAGGACCUGCCUUCGCCCCUCCUGGACCCCCCUCUGUUACCCCUCCUGGUAGGAUCAUGGGCGUCCGCGCUAGUGCCCGAGCGGGCAACAGACAGCGCACCUGCAGGAGACCACGGCUCGGGUCCUGACCUGCAGCCGGCCGCCUCUGAACUGCCCAAAGCAAGCGUGGGGAACCCGUGUUCGACCAGCCCUGUGCCUCAGCGGAAACCGGGCGCCCCUCAGCUCUCCAUCCCCAUGCCUCAUCUGAUGAUGGCCAGGUCAGAGGUCGCCCCCGCUCUGCCCGAGCACAAAGCGGAAAGCCCCGUGCUGUCCGCGUCGGUGCCUGUGCCGAGGCCGGCCACUGUGGAAGGGAUGGGGGUUGGGGAUGUGGGGCCGGGCUAUCCCAUGUCCCCCGGGACCCCCAUGGCCGUCAGCCCCCUCAGCCCACCGGGGGCCGCCGUGCCGGGCGCGCCCAGCGCGGAAGACGACAUCAACAACAACGACACCGGCGGGGACACGGGCAGCGCGGGGUCCUCCAGCCUCAGCACGGACAGCAUCGACUUCUUCAGCGCCCGAGAGAAGUUCCUGGAGCUGUCCCAGGACGGCCGCGCCCGUACCCUCUCUAACUCGCGCCCCGAGGAGCAGGCAGCCGGCCGGACGCCCUACCCCAAGGGCCCUGGUCAGGAGCUGCCGCUGUCUGAGGACCCCAGUGCCACGCCUUCUGCAGAGGAGCCGCCCAAGGAGCCUCCCGGGACGGAGCCGGGCUGUGCGGUCCCACACUCCCAGUCGGAGAACGGCGUCUCGGUCCGGCACAUCGUCACGGAGCUGGAGUCCAUCUCGCAGGCGAGCGGGGGGAAAGGGGAGCCCGCGGCGGCGGCGGCUGCUGCCCCGCCUCCCGGGGACCCCGACCCCGGACAGGGGCUCCCGCCAGGGGAGAAGGGCGCCCCCAGGACAGAGCCGCCCCCCGCCCCCCCGGAGCCCGUGGCCUUCCUGCGGCUUGAGGGGGCGACGGAGCACAGCAGCGACACGGACCCCCCGGCUGCCCUGCCCCCGCCGUGCCGCGCGGAGCACCCGGAGAGGAUCCGGGAGACGCUGCAGGCCUUCCUGUGCGAGGCGGCGGAGGGGCAGGAGCUCAGCACGGUCAGGCAGCGCGCCCUGGAGAUCGAGGCCCGGAUCCGCCGGGCCGGCCUCACGCCGCCCUCGCUCAUGAAGCGCUCCGCCUCGCUGGCCAAGCUGGGCUGCCUGGAGCUCUCCGCUGACGACCUCUGCCAGUGGGAUUCCCAGACGCCGGUCCCUACCUCCCCCGCUGGCGCCCGGCAGCCCGAGGCCCUGCCCUGCCCGUCCCCCGAGGACGCCUCCAAGAAGCAGCGCGUGGUGCUGCGGACCCCUGAGCACGAGACGCGGCCCGCCUCGCCGCAGAGCACACUGGACUUCCAGCAGGGCGGGGAGGAGGGGCUUCCAUUGAGCACUGGACACGCCCCCGGCAACACCCCGCCCCCUGCCCCCCUUGUCGCCAUGGCUGCCAGGCAGCAGCACGGCAGGACACACCCCCUGCGGCGGCUGAAGAACAGUGACAAGAGGAGGAGCUCCAGCUCCCUGUACAACACCAUGUGACCCUCCACUGUGUGUGCGCGUGCCCCCCUGUGGGGCCGUCUCUCAAACAGGCACUUUACUCUCGUGGUUUUAUGUCUAUGGGUGUGCGUUUGUACAGUAUGAGUGUUUGUCCAGUGAGCGUGUCUGCAUUGUAUAUAGACAGACGUAAGUGGCGUUUCUUUUAAGUGCUGUAAAAAAGUACAUUUCUUUUUUUAACCUGUGCUAUAGCUGUGAUUAUUAAAGAGAAAGUUCAAAACAU